AUAAAAUAAAGUAAAUAUAAAAUAAAGAAAAUAAAAACUAGCAGGAGAAAAAUUGAUAAAAAGGCAAAAUACUGGUAACCAUCCAAGAACAAGAAGGGGCAAAGGGUUUUCUCACUUUCUCUCCCACUAAUUAUUAUCAGGUUUGAAGGUGGAUUUGGUGUUUGUUGGAUAUUGAUUGUUCAUGGUAAAGGGGUUUUUAGGGUCACAGAUGUUGAGGAUGAUGAGCUGAUAAAGUUAGGAUUCUAGACGUUUGGGUAUAAUUAAUUUGCUGUUAUAUGUUGAUUCUUGUGCUGUUGUUGAAAUGGAUGUAAAGGUGUCUUUUUUGGGUUUGAUGGAGUUGGAUCUUUCAUUGGUUUAAUUUUUGGGAGGAGAAUCAAAUUUGGGUAUUGUUUGAAAUCUGCUAAAGGGAGAGACUUUGCUUAAAUUUUGUGAUUUUGAGUGGAUUGUUUAGCUUAUGGGUGUUGCUUGAAAGAAUUGAUUGUUCAGUUGUUUGCCGGUUUUGGGUUUUGGAUUGAUUGGUCAAAAUGGAAGAAGAUGGAAUGGCUUUUGUUGCAGGAAGUGAAAACUUGGAAAGUGGGAUCAAAAUUAAUGCAGAAGAGUCUCAGUGUUUCGAGAUGGAGGUGGAAUCUUGUGAGACUGGAACACUUGGUGUAAGCAAUGAAAGUGUAGUUUUUCCAUCAGAGAAUGGUGAAGGAAGUAAUGGUAACGUGGUUUUUUCCAGAGAAUCUCCGCUUGUACGUAAGGAUUUUAGAUCAUCUGCUGUAGUAGGAGGGUGUAAUUGUGGAGUAAAUAAACUUAAAGCGAGAUUGUCUAGUUCAGAUGGUGAGAAUGGGAAAAAUGAGAUAUCUGGUGCUGAGAAGAAGCUUAAUAGACAAGAGAGGAUCGAAUUAGGGCGAUUGUUUCAGGGUGCCGUGAGUUGCCAUGAUUGGGAGCUUGCCGAGAGUUUGAUUCUACUGGCAGAUCCCCAAACUUUAAAUGAUGCAUUGUGCAUUGCUUUAGAUUCGGUAUGGUUUUUAAGUACACAACAGGAGUUAUAUGGGAUAACAGGGUUGAUUAAGAAGAUAAUUUCUAAUGGUGCUUUUGAUUUCACUCGGGCUGCUCUAAGGACUUCGUUUCUUGCCUCUUGUGUUUCUGCUUGCCAAAGUCGAACCAUGAGCCUCACAGAUACUGUGACUGUAAUGGCACGAAGCAGGUUGCAUGAACGACUUCAAGAGUGCAAUGGGGAUGAAAUUUUGAAGGCAGAAGCUGGUGCUAAGGUCCAGAAGUUUACUGAAUGGGCUCUAAAAUGUAUUGGUUUCCAUUCCCGCUGCCAAGGGAACAGGGAUAGGGUUCGGCACAAUCCUGCUGUUGAAAUACAACUACAGUUGUCGGCUUUCAAGACCUUCCUCGAUCUAGCUGGGAACCACCUUUCAGGAAAGGACUUCACAGAAGCAUUUGACGCAGCUUGCUUCCCACUUACACUCUUCUCUAGUUCAUUUGAUCCUGGCUGGGCAUCAGGUAUUUCAGCAACUGCAAUCCAAGGAUUGCUUGGCAUGUUGGUGGAGGGAGGUGCAGACAAUGUUAAUCAAUGCUUUCUUGAAGCCUCUCGUUUUGGGAGCACUGAGCUUGUCCGCAUUCUCUUGCAGAUUGCUCAAAGGAAUAGUUUGGAUGUUGAUGUCGACCUGGCUUUGGGAUUUGCUUCUCAUUAUGGUAAAAUUGGAACUAUGGAAUGUUUAGUGGAAGAAGGGAAUGCAAUGGCAUUCUUGGGACCUUUGAUGAGAGCUGCCGAAAGGGGAUCCAUGCAGGUAGUUGACUGGUUUGUUAAAAGGGGUUGCAGAGAUAUGGAACUAUGUCUGGCCCUCACUGCUGCUACUUCCAGUAGUCAGGUUGAAGUUGCUCGAUAUCUCCUUCCUCAUGUUCCUCAGCAUGUUCUUGCUGCCCUAAGCAUUGAGAUUCUUAAGGCUGCUGGUGAAAGAAGUAGCGGGUCUCUCGAUGGAGUAGCAUUUCUCCUAAGUUCGGACUUCCUCGGUGAUCCCAUUGCCACUUAUGCUGUCGCUGACAGCAUUGCGAAGUCUGAUGACGAGGCUGUGGCUCCUGCACUCAGGUCUUUCCUUCGAGAGCAUUGGUCAGAAGCUGCUUUCUCAGACGGACUUAGGCAGGGACAAGAACACUACUGUAACCUGUUGCGUAUUAUGAAAUGGGGGGAAUCUCCCGUGUGUUUGAGGGACAUCCCGGGGCCAUUGAGGAUAGCAAUAGCAUACCUGCCACUGUAUAGGGAAUGUGUCAAGGCAGGGGGUUGUUUGUUAUCACAAAGACUUAAGGGCCAGCUUGUGGAAGCAGCAAAAAGGCUCGACGGUGUAGUGCUUGAAGAAGUAAAGCAAGGGAGAGAACUAUUGGCUGUUUUGGAGCAUCAUCUUCCUCCAUUUUUGCAUAAUAAUGCAUCCAAUGCUGCUUAGUUUUUGAAAAUUUUCACAUAUCUUGUCUCUUCAACGAAGUCUAAUAACACAAUGGUUGGUGCAUUGAAUGUGAGCAAGAAGCCCUCUUAAGGUUGGUCAGUUAUCUUAAUGAACCAGACCUUUGUGUUGGCUUAAGAUAAUUGUACCUGCAGAGAGUCUACAAUUUGCAUAUUUCUGAUGUGUAUGUUGAGUAACUACAUUCACAAGUCUGGGAACUCAAAUGGACAUGCAAUAUUGGCUAUUUUCAUGGUGCUUCUUCCAACUUGUUUUCUUAUGCGA